GAGGGUUGGUCGCAUGUUGUUUGAAAACAACUCAAUUUUGAUAACCGCCAACAAUUUACACGACCUGAUCAAGAGAAGAAAGUCAAAGGGUAGUUGAAAGGGGUGACUUUUCUUCAGAGACUAAAAAAACGACUGAUCUAGCCUGUAAAAUCAAAUACUGGGGGUCCAAGGACAUACUGACCAUACUCAUCCCAGGAAAUUUUGACAUUUUCAAACUUCUAAAAUGCUAAAAAUUGUCAAAACUUUAUGGAAAGUAGACCAUAGCUUGUUCUACAAGCUUGUCUGAAGAGAUUUCUAGUAGAUAAGUGAUGACGAAGUGCUACUGUUGCUUUUGACAGGUCCGCCUUACCAACAUGUGUUGGUGGCAAACAGAUGUAAAAAGGUAAAAGAGAUGAGUUAUAAGAAAACUCUGGAAGCGUCUGGAGCCUCUGAACCUGAUUGUACAGGUAGCAAAAAAGAUCAGAUAAUGCCAUCUCAAGAUACACCUGUAAUGGAAAAAUUAAAAGAGAUCAAAUUAAAACUAGGUCAGCAAGAGGAUAAAUUUAAACAGAUAAAUGCAAUGAGAGAGCAACAAAACAGACAGAUGGAAGAGUGGGUAUCCCAAACAUCUGAUGCUAAGACUAAAGAGUAUAGAAAUGUGAAGUUGCAGGAUCAUAAAAAGUGGCAACAAAGUGAGACUGAAAAGCAAAAUCAUCUUUUCUCUGAGGCAUUACUUCUGGCUGGCAAGCAGAUUGAGGACAUUGAGCAGCAAACUUUAAAUCACCAAGAAUGUUCAGAAGUAGCGGAAUUAAAAAUGUGGCUAAGUAAAGCAAGGCGUAAGCAAUGGAGAGAAGAAAUGCAAGGUUUUAAACUAUCUGAUGAAGAUGAAGCUGGCAUCGAGGCAGAAAGGAUUUCAAAAGGCAAGGGAAUGGUCGUGAUUGAUAUGCCAUCAUCCUCAGAAUCAACACCCCUUAGAAAUGACUUAUUGGCAGAUGACGAUGACGAUAGUGUUGCUUAUGCAGCUCAGGCUUAUAGAUCACCAUGGAAGUUCAUACAGUCUAUAAGGAGCAAAGUUGGUAACUUAUGGAGCCCUACAAAGAAGUCAAAGCACAAAACUAUGGAAGAGUGCCCUGAUUCUGAUUGCACUGACGUUGGAGCUACCAUAGCUGAAGAAGCGCAGUCACCAAAGGACACAAAUAAAGAAGAACCAAAGGUAUCCUGUGAUUCUAAUAUACCAUUGUAUGAGGAAGGUCAGGUAGCACAGGGCAAGAACCUUUCACAUGUGGCUGAUCCUGUUCAAUGUGGACAGGCACAAAGCGAGUUAACUUCUGGCUUGGACAAUAUUCCUCAAAUUUCAAGAAAAAUAUAUGUGCCACCGACAAAUGUGCACUCUGUCAGCACCGGAAAUCAGCCUCUACCUGUUCUACCUCCAGUGUCAGCGGCAUAUUCUGUCAAUCAAAAGAUGGCACUGAUUGACAAGGUUUCUGCCACUGAAACAAGGCUGGACACCUCUGCUACAAGUGACUCCCAAACAAGUGCUUUGAGUUCAGCACGUCCACGAUCCAGUGGUGAACAAUCAUCCAAUCCAGCUACACCUACUGGAACUACAAAAAAAGAGAUAUCGAAAUCUGUGCCGCGGUUAGCUGCUAAUCUGACUGUAGCCGCGUCAAGAACUGCGAAUGCACAAAGAUCCGGGCAAGCUUGGCCACCUGCAGUUACGCCAAGAAACUCAGGUAACCAAACGUCCGCAGCAGGUUCACCAACACAGCCGUCUGCAAAAUCUACUGAUGUACAGAUCUCCAAGUUAGCCUCACCCACAAUAGCUACUUCAAAAACGGUGGAUAGACCAGUACACACCACUCUCCAGACAAAAUCCUUCAAGCUAGACACAUCCAUUGUAUCUAUUCCAACAUCUACAGAUACACAAGCAUCCAAGCAAGUCACACCCACGGUGACUAUUCCAAGCUCUGCAGACAAACAAGCAUCCAGAGCAGCCACAUCCAAUUCGACUAUUCCAAGAUCUACGGAUGCACAAGCAUCCAGAGCAGCCACACCCAAUCCGACUAUUCCAAGAUCUACGGAUGCACAAGCAUCCAGAGCAGCCACAUCCAAUUCGACUAUUCCAAGAUCUACGGAUGCACAAGCAUCCAGACCAGCCACAUCGAAUGCGACUGUUCCAAGGUCUGCAGAAACACAAGCAUCCAGACAAGCCACAUCCACUGCAACUAUUCCGAGCGCUGCGGAUGCACAAGCAUCCAAGCCAACCACACCCACUUCGGCUACUCCGAUAGCUACGGAUAAACAAGCGUCAAAGCAAAUCACACCGACUGCGGCUAUUUCAAUAGCUACAGACAUACAAGCAUCCAGAAAAGCCUCAUCCACUGCGACUAUUCCAGGAUUAAAAGAUUCACAACCAGCCACAUCCACUGCGACUAUUCCGAGAGAUUCAAAUACACAGGCACCCAGAACAGCCUCAGCGGCUAAUACUAUUCCAAGAAAUGCGGAUUCACAAGCAUCCAAGACAGCAAUAUCAACUGCGACUAUUCCAAGGUCUGCAGAUGCACCAGUAUCCAAGCAAAGCACAUCCACUGCGACUAUUCCAAGAUCUUCAGAUGCACAAGUACCCAAGCAAGUUGCAUCUACUGCGACUAUUCCAAGAUCUACAGAUACGCAGGUAUCCACAACAGCCUCAUCCACUGCUACUAUUGAAAGAGAUACGAAAAUACAAGCAUCCAAGCAAGUCACCCCCACUGCAAACAUUACAAGAUCAGCAGAUACGCAAGUAUCCAAGCCAGUCACACCAACCGUGAAUAUCCAAAAAGCUACGGAUGCACAAGCGUCCAAACCAGUCACACCAACUGCGACUAUUCCGAGAUCUGCGGAUAUUCAUUCUCACAAAUCAAGUACACUCGUGGCUGCCACUCCCCGGUAUGAGAAUAUGUUGACGUCCAAGCCAGACACAACUAAGAUAGCUACUUCAAGAACUGAAGUUACACCAAGACACUCAGAGAACCAUGUCUCCAAUGCACUUACACUCAAAACAGGUAUCUCAAUUACUAGAAAUAUGCAGACGUUUAAAUCUUGUACUCCAGCUCAACGGAUACCAAGAUCAACAGCCUCGCUAUCAGUAUCAUCUUUGAAACCAGUAGAUAAACAGAUAUCCAAACAAGCUACAUCCACAGCAACUGUUCCGCUAUCCGGCGAUGAAGUACAGAUACCCAAGAUACCCGCUAUACCUUAUCCAAGGUUUGAACAAUGCGGCCAGCCUUCGCCUGCUAAACCUUUUUCUGGAUCUACAGACAGACAGGUUUGCAAGCCAGUUACAACCUCUGCAACUACUCCAGGAUUUACAGAUAUACAGACUUCCCAACCAGCUACUCCCAUUGUAACUGUUACAAGAUGUACAGAUACAAAAUGUUCCAAACCAGCCUUAGUCACUCCAAAUAUUCCAAGAUCUUCGGAUACCCCAUCAUCCCCACCAGCCACAUCCUCUAUAACUAUUCCAAAAGCUACGGAUACACAAUCCAGACCCGCCACACUUAGAGCAUCUAUUUCAAGAACUAAGGAUACACACACUCCCAAGACAUCUACCCCGACUGCAAUUAUUCCAAAGUCUACGGAUAGACAAUCCCAACCAACCCCACCUCCUGCGACUAUUCCAAGACCUACCGACACACAAGUAUCCGAGCUAAGCUCAUCCACAGCGACUAUUGCAAGAUCUUCAGAUACAAUGGCAUCCAGAACAGCCUCAUCCACUGCUACUUUGCCAGAAGUUACGGAUACACAAGCAUCCAAGCAAGUCACACCGACUGAGAAAAUUCCAAGAUCUGCAGAUAAACAAGCAUCCAGAACAUCCUCAUCUACUGCUACUAUUCAAGGAGCUACGGGUACACAAGCGUCCAAUGCAACCACACCCACUGCGACCUUUUCAAGAUCUGAGGAUAUUGAGAAUGUCGAAUCAAGUACACCCUCGGAAGCCGCAUCAAUAUCUGUGGAUACUCAGACAACCAAGCCAGCUUCAUUAAGAGUAAACGUCCCUUUAUCCUUGCAUAUAAACGAUUCAAGUCCAACCAGAUUAUCUUUCCCUAUAACUAUGGAUGUACACCCAACGAAGACAACAUCAGUCACUAUUCCAAUAUCUGAGGAUAUGCAGACUUCCACGAUAGCUAAGCAAACUUCAACCUUUCCAAGGUCUAAUGAUAAAGAAACGUCCAAGCAAGCGUCUGUGCUAACAAAAUCCCAGGCAUUGUCUUUGGACCCUAAUGCGCCGGAAUUCUCGUUCCAGACAAAAGCAGGUGCAGGCUCUAUUCAUGACGCUCAAGCAAACAUCUUUAGUCCACCUCCUAUUCCAUGUGUUAGUGGAACGAAGCCUAAAGCGCGCCGAAAAGCUAGAGGUAUGUACAACAGCGUUACUGUGACGCGAAAUAGCAUUGAGACAGCGAUCUGGGAGAUGAGAGAUGCUGCAAUCGAUGGGAAGGAUGGAAAGUGCUCAAAAAAGAGCUCAGUGACGAGCAUUGGUUCAGAAACUGAACCAGCAGUCGAUUAUCCAGUGCGAAAUUCACCAUCUUUAGAACAGGCCAAAUUAGACGCACAACUUUUAAGUUCGAGUGGUAAAUGCGAGAAAACAAAGGAUCACAAAAAGCAGAACGGACGAGCAAAUACGCCAAGCAGAGUACCAAAAGAAAGUAAGAUGCCAAGUAACGAUCAGACCAGUGAACAGUCACCAUCAUCGAAGACCGAACCCUUUCAUGAGAAGAAACCCUCAUUAGACUAUAAAUCCAACCGAGAUGAAUCCUCGGACCCCCUGAAAAUAAACCUUCAGGACGAAAGGCCCUCUCACAAUCCUCAGAAAAUAAAUAAAGAAACGGGUAAGGCUGUCCAGAUUGAGUGUACUAUAAACAAAGAGUUCGAUUCACCUUCAGUGGAAGUCAAAUCCCCCCAAGCGUCGAAGAAGGAAGCUCGUAGACAAUUGUGCUUCAACGGCAAUGAUACAAAGGCGGGCCCUGUCGGUAAAAAAACUGGACCUUUAUUUGAAGGUAAAGAAGAAUCUCGUUCUUUUUGCAACAGCUCAAAACAAUCUGACCUUUCUCCAAAGAAUACACUAAAGCAAGCUGGCCCUUCCCAGCUUGAAAGUCCAAAGCAAUGUAUCUCUCCUCCAAAGAACACUCUAAGGCAAGUUUGCCCUUCCCAGCUCGAAAGUCCAAAGCAAUGUAUCUCUCCUCCAAAGAACACUCUAAAGCAAGUUUGCCCUUCCCAGCUCGAAAGUCCAAAGCAAUCUGACCUUUCUCCAAAGAACACACUAAAGCAAGUUUGCCCUUCCCAGCUCGAAAGUCCAAAGCAAUGUAUCUCUCCUCCAAAGAACACUCUAAAGCAAGUUUGCCCUUCCCAGCUCGAAAGUCCAAAGCAAUCUGACCUUUCUCCAAAGAACACACUAAAGCAAGCUGGUCCUUCCCAGCUCGAAAGUCCAGAGCCAUGUGUCACUCCUCCAAAGAACACUCUAAAGCAAGUUGGCACUUCCCAUCUCGAAAGUCCAAAGCAAGCUGACUCCCGGUUUGAAAGUCCAAAACAAUCCGAUCCCCCUCCAAUGAAUACUCUAAAGCAAGCUGGUACUCGUCAACUUGAAAGUUCAAAGAAAGGGUUCCCUUCUCCAAAUAAUACUAUAAACCAAGCUGCCUCUUCUUAUCCUCAUAGUCCAAAGCACCCUUUCCCUUCUCCUAAGAAUAUUUCAAAGCAAACUGCCCCUUCUUGUCUUGACAGUCCGAAGCAAGCUGCUGCCCAAUCGAAGAAUAGCCCAAUGAAAAUCGAUAAGGGGAGUGGCUCAUCAGGAAGUGACAGUCCAAAUUCCACGCUUCAAAAGAAGAGCUUUAAAUCUAAGGGUGGCAUCAAUCUGAGAAAGAGCAUUAAUUGCUGCUGUGAGGUCACGUGUGAAUACUGUGUACCUUUGUGUGAGUGGGAUAAGGUUGUAGCCCAACAAAGAAAGAGGCGUUAGAACAGUCUAUGUUAUCUGCCAAAUGUUUUAAAAUCCUUAGUUAUAAAUGCACGGGAGUAGUCUUAAUAUUCUUGGUUGUUCAGUUCUUUUUUUACUUCUGAAGUUGAGAAUACUCGCUUUUCUGAUUUUACAUUAAAGAAUUGUAUUUAUAUA